AUGUCUAGCAACACGACGGUCGUCAACAUUUCCUGGUUGACUUCUCCGUCGCCUGGCCUCGAUUGGCAGUCCAUCUACUCGAAAAACGUGGAAACCCUCAAUCUGAACCUGAUUCCCAUCGCCAUUCUGCUAAACUCGAUCCAUUUCGCGGUGCUGAGCAGAAAGCAUCUGCGCUCCAACGCCAAUUUCGUCUGGCUCCUCGUCGUUUCGCUGUGCAACCUGGUCUAUCUCUCGUGCUCCUGGACGUCCGUACUUUUGCACUGGCUGAGACCGUCCGGACAAGAGUGUUUCCGAAGUUUCGUCUAUUCCGACAUCAUCGUCCAAAUGAUCGGGAAUGCUCUGCGAGACAUUGCUCUCCGCGCCUCCUCCUGGAUUGUCAUUUCGAUCGGCUUUUUGAGAGCUUUUACAAAGUUCAGGCCUCGAGCCGUUUUCUGGGUUACUGUCACCGUAACUCUCCUGGCGUCUUUUUGGUGCUUGACCCUAUGGCCGAGACAUCACAUUUAUAGUGUCAAGAUUGAAAUGGAGUGGGUCUGGAUUACUGUAGAUCUGAUUUUCAAAAGCUUCUUCCAGUUGUGCGAAUAA